CUUCCGAUUUCCUCGCACAGAUCGUAAACGUCGUCGAAAAGCACCUCUUCGUCGGUCAUUUUCCCCGCUCGCAACGAAAUAACAAUAAUAAUAAUACUCCACAAACACCCCCGAGAGGAAUUCGCGGACGAAAAAUCGAAAAAAAAAAUAAUCUAGCCAACCCUCGACCGAUCGAAUACAAUAUUAGUGCGAUGUAUCGCGCUGGCGGGUUAACUGCACGGAUUUCCAAACGAAUCGCCCGCACUAUCGCCCGUCAUUUGGAAUCGGAAAACGCACCGCAGGUCGCCAGAGAGCCGUGCAAAGUGGGUGAGGCUAAACAAUCGUCCCGAGAUAGUGCACCGGGAUUUUAUGCAAGCCAGUUCGGGCGCGCGUGUUUCGUGUUGCCUACCGCACCGGGGCCGCUCUCGACCAGCGACCGGAUUUUAAAAUGGCCGCACCUAGGAGCGAGGAAUUCACUACGAACGUCAUUUUGAAAUAUCCUACAUCUUCCUCCUCUUCGCCUGACUCCAAUUUACCGAACUUUGUCUCUAAAUUGCUCAGCGUUUGAGCUUCGUCGGAUACACUCUCCUGCGAACUAAAUAUAUACUCAACGGCUUCGUCCAAAGACUUGUUUCCCGUACAAAACAGCGCCUAAAAUCGUAAUAUUGUAUUGAAGUGGUCCAGUGCAUUUUUUCGAAACGUUACCUGCGUGGCUAUAUCGUGGUUUAUGCCCAUGGAGAUUAACUGGUGGAGGAAAUCCUGGUUUGGAAUGAACGGUUCGGACAUGGUUUUAGAAACAACCACGAUUUAAAUGCUUUUGAUAAAUAAAUUUGUAAUUAGAGCAAAAUAAGGUUAUACUUUUCUUCUUUUUUAGAACUGUUAAUGUCAACUGUCAUUCAUCGAUUUGACAUUGACAGCUUUGAUUUUGGGCAAAAAAUCCGGCAUUGAAAAUAAAUGAAACACAAACUGAAGAAACGAGAUGAGGAAACUCAUAAGAGUACAAACAAACUAAAGCGAAAACUUGAUGAUGGUAGAAGUAGAAAGAAAAAAUCGAAUAUCAAACGUAAAAAACGUUCAAUUAGUGCAUCUUCGAGCUCUUCGACAUGCUCGAGCAGCUCCACAUCUAGCUCAUCUAGCUCGAGCUCCGAUUACAGGGCUUCGAAGAGCAAGUCGAAAAUAAAGAAACAUCGAAAGAAACGUAAUUCGACGUCAAGUAGCAGUUCCAGCGAAUCUCCAGAAGAAAUCCUUCAUAAAAAGAGACAUGUUAAAAAGAAAAAGAAGCAUAGACGAUGCUCUCCAUCUUCGAGCUCGCGCAGCGAAGAGGCGCCGAAAAAAUCCAAGAGCAAACCCGGCAAAAUCGAGCCUAAUGACGAGCCUAGCAUGGACAUUCCGUUAGCUCUAAUGGAUAGCAAAAGUAAGUCAUUGGCCCCGAUGACUAAAGAAGAAUGGGAGAAAAAGCAGUCUGUAAUUAGAAGAGUAUACGAUGAGUCUACCGGUAGACACAGGUUAAUUAAAGGAGACGGUGAGGUUCUAGAGGAGAUCGUCAGCAGAGAAAGGCACAAAGAGAUAAAUAGAAAUGCGACGAAAGGCGAUGGAGACUAUUUUGAAACUAAAUUAUCGCAAUCAUUGAAUAAAAGAUGAUGAAAAUCAUGUAAAAAUU